AUGGGUUCCUCAACACACCCCAAGCUUCCAGUUAUUGAUUUGUCUGUAAAAAGUUUAAACUUCAAUUCAAGUUCUUGGCCUACAAAGUGCGACGAAGUUAGACGUGCACUUGAAGAAUACGGGUGUUUCAUAGCCGUGUAUGAUGGAGUGUCUUGUGAACUUCGUGAUGCAACUUUCCUUGCAUCGCAAGAAUUAUUCAGCCUACCUACUGAAGUGAAAGCUAAAAACAUUUCAGAUACACCAUAUAAUGCUUACAUUGGGAACCUACCCAUGGUUCCUCUUUAUGAAAGCUUAGGCAUUGAAAAUGCCACUACAACAGAAGGAGCUGAAACUUUCACAAAACUCAUGUGGCCAUCCGGAAAUCAAAGUUUUUCUGAAAGUGUGGUGAUGUUCUCAAAGGCUGUAGCAGAACUAGACCAGAUGGUGAUGAAAAUGGUCACAGCUAGUUAUGGAAUAGAAGAACCCUAUGAAUCGAUCCGUGGGUCGACAACUUAUCUUCUUAAGCCCACGAAAUACCUACGCCCUCAAGGAAAUGAGAAAAUGCUGGGAGUAUAUCCACACACUGAUAAAAGCUUCUUGACUUAUCUUCAUCAAGAUGAAGUAAAUGGUCUGGAGAUAAAGACUAAAGAUGGGGAGUGGAUUGAAGUUGAUUAUACACCCUCAUCUUUUGUGGUCAUGGCAGGAGGUGCUUUCAUGGCAUGGACAAAUGGAAGAAUUGAAGCACCAACUCAUAGGGUGAUGAUGACUGGGGACAAAGACAGAUAUGUGUUGGGGCUAUUUGUAUCUAUUAGGGAUCACCAUAUACAGGUACCUCAACAACUUGUUGAUGAAGACCACCCACUGCUAUUUCACGCGUUUGAUCAUUACAAGUUUAUGCAUUUCUAUCACACUGAUGAAGGGAUCAAAUCAGAGUGCCCCAUCAAAACCUACUGUGGAAUUUGAAGCAUUAUUCACGAAGAAAUGGGUGUUAUUUCGAACCAAUAAUAUAUUAAGAACCGUAAAAACCUAUAUAAUACAUUUGAAUCUAUUGUUUUGAAUGUGGUACAUAAGACGUUCAUGUACGUAAUCGAUUAUGUUACUCUCCCACUACUUCUAAUUAGAUUUUAACGUACAAGUGUUGGUUCUCAACAUAUUAUUGGUUCUUAAACAGACUUGCCCCUAUGUAUGUUAAUCAACAGUGUAUUGUUUAAAUCCAAAAUCUAUGUAUGCUUGUUGUUUCUUGUAUCCCUUUGUUUAAUAUUAAUCACUGUAUGAA